CCCCUUUUUUUGGGGUGCAGAGACCCCACCGGAAGUGGACCCCGGUUUUGGGACCCUGCCCAUCGCCAUGGCCGGGCCUCGGCCCCCCCUCCUCCUCCUCCUCCUCUUCGCCUGCUGCCUCGGAGCCCACGCCCAGCCCAAGGCCCACCCCACGGGACCGCCGCCCACCGAGACCCCUCCCCCGGCGCCCGCGGCGGCCACCCUGCCGGUCACCUUCCGCCUGUCCAACGCCCGGCUGGCCUUCUUCCUGCGCCCGACCACGCCCCCGGCCCCUCCGGACAACGCCAGCCGGUCGGAGCCCUUCGUGGUCUUCCAGACGCAGGAGGUUCCGGUGGUGAACGCCUCGCUGGGCCCCCUGGUGGCGGGGCAGGCCGUGCCGCGGGAGCUGCUCCAGCCGCCCAGCGCCCUGGAGGUGCCCGACCGGCUGACGGUCAACUGGAAGGUGCGGGCGUCCAUCGUGCGGGCGCGGGUGCCGGCCGACGAGCCCUCGGCCCAGGUCUUCUUCUACGUGGCCGGGCGCGACUGGGACGCCGCCGAGCCCCCCCGCGAGCGCCUGCCCUGCGUGCGCCUGCACGCCUUCCGCGAGGCCCUCGAGCUGCGCGCCGCCUGCCGCCUCCGGGGCCCCCUGGCCGCCUGCCUGGCCCAGGCCCCCCUGCCCCGCGCCUGGUUCGCCCCCCCCGCCGGCACCCAGCCCGACCCCCCCGCCGUGGAGCUCUACUACACGCUGCUCUUGCACGGCAAUGGCGGGGGCGGGGACUGCGAGGGCGAGGCCGGGGGGCGGGGGGGGCACCCCGGGGCGCGGGCCGAGGGCCCCACCCAGCACCCCCUCCUGCGCAUCGGCAGCCUGCGCCUGGCCCCGCCCCCGCCCGGCCCCCCCGCCCAGGAGCAGCGCCUGGACGACCACCUGCUCCUGCGCCUCCCCCACGGGCCCCUCCGCCCCGGGGACCUCCUCCGCGUGGCCCUCCUCCGCGCACGGAACUCCUCCGUCCAGCAGUUCACGCUCAGGGUGAAGGCCAAGAAGGGGGUGAACCUGCUGGCGACUCGAACCCGGCACCCCAACUGGCUGCUCAACGCAGAGAUCCAGGCGGGCAGCAAGCACGCCACCUCCAGCGUGGACGUCUCCUGGAUCGGGGCCCCAGACAGGGAGGAGGAGGAGGAGGAGGGUCCCUAUGAGGUCAUGCAGCUGGACUUUGAGAUGGAGAACUUCACCAGCCAGUCGGUCACUCGGCGGAUCAUGUGGCACGUGGACUACCGGGGCCGCAGCCCCCCGCCCGACCUGGAGAAGGCCGUGACCGAGCUGACCGUCCUCCAGAAGGACAUCCGGGCCAUCCUGCCCCUGGCCAUGGACACCGAGAUCAUCAACACGGCCAUCCUGACCGGCCGGACGGUGGCCAUCCCGGUGAAGGUCAUCGCCAUCGAGGUCACCGGGGUCAUCCUGGACGUCUCCGGGUCAGUACGGUGCAAAUCCAGCAACGAAGACAUCAUCAAGGUCUCCAACGGCUGCGACUACGUCUUUGUGAGCGGGAAGGAGACGGGGGGCUCCAUGAACGCGGGGGUCUCCUUCGGCUACGAGCACCUCAGCGCCCUCCUGGAGGUGACCGUCUGGGUGCCCCGCAUCCCACUCCGCGUCGAGCUCUCUGACCCUCAUCUCAGCCAGGUCAAAGGCUGGAGGAUCCCCAUCGUGGCCGACCGCAGGUCUGUCCGGGAGAGCGAGGAUGACGAGGAGGAGGAGGAGGAGGAGCGGCGCCAGAGCCGGGGCUGCGCCCUCCAGUUCCAGCGCGCCUCCCUGCGCGUCUUCACCCAGUUCCACACCACAUCCGCCGAAGGCAGCGACCAGGUGGUCACCAUGCUGGGCCCCGAGUGGCUGGUGGAGGUGACCGACCUGGUGGGGGACUUCAUGCGGGUGGACGACCCCCGGGUGGCCCGCCUGGUGGACACCCGGACCCUGGCCGGACGGGAGCCCGGCACCACCCUCUUCAAGGUGGUCUCCCCGCUGACGGAGGCGGUGCUGGGGGAGGCGGCAGUGACGGUGUCGGAGGAGAAGGUCUCCCUGAUGGCGCUGAAGGCCCAGCUGGUCUCCAACCUCUCUCUCUCCCUGCAGCCCAGUCCGGGCAGCAGCCACACCAUCGUGGCCAAAGCCAGUGCCCAGCAGGCCCUCAGCCUCCCAAAGCAGGAGGCCUUGCUGAGCCUUUGGGUCUCCUACAGCGACGGCACCACGGCCCCGCUCUCCUUGUACGACACGCGGGACUACACGCUGGUGCUGAGCAGCCAGGAUCCCUCGGUGGUCUCAGUGGUGCCGGGAGGGUCCUUCCCGCUGGUCCGGGCUGAGGGCGAGGGCUCCGGCGAGCUGGUGAAGGCUGAGCUGACCAUCUGCGAGGCCUGCCAGAAGACCAAGCGCAAGAGCACCUUGGCCACCGCCGUGGCGGGCGUCCAGGUCCGCUUCCCCUCCGAGGAGGAGCCCACCUACGACUACGAGCCGGUCCAGACCCCGAAGGAGAGCGGAGGUGAUGGCCACACCACGACACGGCUGGAUGUUUCCUGGCGCCUGGUGCCACCCAGCCCAGAGACCCGCUUACCCAGCGCGGUGCUCCCAACGAAGGACUUCCCCACACUCCCCACCGGCUAUGUCCAAGUCCCCCGCGGCCUGACGGACCUGGAGAUUGGCAUGUACGCCCUCCUGGGGGUCUUCUGCCUGGCCAUCUUGGUCUUCCUCAUCAACUGCAUCGUCUUUGUGCUCAAGUACCGGCACAAGCGCAUCCCGCCUGAAGGCCAGACCAACAUGGACCACUCGCACCACUGGGUCUUCCUGGGCAAUGGGCAGCCCCUGCGGGCACAGGCUGAGCUGGCCACCCCACCGGCCGACCCGCUGGAGGGCGUCCCAAGCUGCUGCCAUGGCGACCACCACAGCAGUGGGGGCUCCUCACAGACCAGUGUCCAGAGCCAGGUCCACGGCCGCGGGGACGGUUCCUCGGGUGGCUCGACCCGCGACCAGAGUGAGGACCCGCUCCACUCGCCCACCUCCAAGCGCAAGCGGGUCAAGUUCACCACCUUUGCCACCAUGCCGUCCGAGGAGAUGGGCUACGACUCCGUCCCCGUGGCCGACGAGGAGGACCUGGAGUGGGUCUGCCAGGACGUGGGACUUCAGGACCCCGAGGAGCUCCACAACUACAUCCACAGGAUCAAGGAGAUGGCAUAAAAAACGGGACGGAGUCCAACUCGCUGGGCCAUUCCUUCUGAGGCUGAUAGUGAUACGUUGCGAUGCCCUUCGGCCUACUCAACGUGCCUACGAUGCCCUUCGGCCUUGUUCUGGGCCUGGUUGGAGACCCCGACUUCUUUUUUGCCAGGAAAGAGGGUCUCCCUCUAAUCCAGGUCUGAUUUGGAUAUGUUGAGAUGUUUUUGGCCUCCUUUCAGGCCCAGUUGGAGACCCCAACUUCUUUUUUGCAGGGAAAGGGGAUGAUUUGGAUACGUUGUGAUGCACUUCGGCCUCCUCAACGUGUUCGCGAUGCCCUUAAUCCGACUUCUGGGCCUAGUUGGAGACCCCAACUUUUUUGUGGGGAAAGGGGGGUCCCUUCAAUCCAGUUUGGAUACGGAUACAUCGUAACGCCCUUCCGUCUUCUUGAGACGUUGACAUAUGCGGCAAAAGGGGUCCACGUACAAUCUAGGUCUUAUCCGGAUAUGUCAUCAUGCCGUUUGGCCUUCCAGGCCUGGAUUUGAUGCCCAACUUCUGGACACAUUUGGGGACCACAACAUUUGCAAAGAAAGGGUAGUACGGGACACUCUGUUGGGGCAACAAUCACACCAGGUCUGAUCAUGGCCUGGGUCCGGAGGCAACACCGUCGACGAGCAAGAGAUCCGUACUGAGUUGGGAUACAUUUCAACGUCGGAGAGGGAAUGUUGUUACUCUGCCUUCCCAGAAUCCACCGCUUGCCUUUUUUUUUGCUGCUCGUCUCCCGAAAGGCAAACCUUGGGUUUCCGCAUUGGGUCUUCUUUAUUUUAUUUACAAAAAUAAAAAAAAAUAUUUCUUUCUUGCACAAUAAAUAAAUGUGGGAGAAACGGAUAUAUCGUUCAGGGAUGCAACCCGAUCCCGGCCAGGCAUGCAUGGAAGACGCCACCGGGAGAGGACUCAACGGAGGACUUGGACACGAUCACGGAUUCCCGUCAGGCACUGUCAGUUCAUGGGACGCAGCAAAAGUGGGGUGUCAAGGCCCUUUGUGUUGCUCCCCGUCCCCGAUUCUCGUGCCUACGCUGCCUUACUGAAUGUCCCGGCCCCGAUUCGUCCGCGGUUGGGGUUGUUGACAUGCAACUUGGCUCCCUUGAAGAGCAACGGUUGGGCGGGGCCUACUUUGGUGGGACGGCGGCCCCAUUGGGGUCUCUAUUGGGGUCUCGGAAAGUUGUUUCUGCACUGUGAAGCCAUCCCUCUCCUUCCUCAUUGGCCGGCCUGCUGUGACGUCACGGAAUGCGGGAGUGUAGCUCCGCCCCCCUCGUGGAUUUGGGCGGGUGGGAGGAGGGACGAGGAGGGUCCAAAGGGAGCUGGAUUUCACCUUUUUGAUAUUAAAAAGUUACUCAGCUGAA